AGCUAGCGUACACAGUAACUGUGGAUGUAGCCGAAGAUGCUAUGCUAGCACCAAUUGAUACUGAAAACGACAGCUCACUUGAGCACUCUAUUAUAUACUAACGUUAAUACCUGUGAGUUUGUUCUCUAUAAUCAGCCGUAGCCGAGUGUAGCAGCUUUUGAAGGUGUAACGUUAAGUUAGCUCUAAUUAACUAACGUUAGUUGCCUCUUUACAGUCUUUUCUUGUACCGGUCAUCCUCCUGCUGAUGGUCCACGAGCCAUGGAGGGUCCGUCCUCUCGGCUGCCUGCCACCACCCAAGACGGACCGCUGUGGCUGGCGGGCAGGACAGACUCCGGCAGGGAUGCAGAGUCUGACCCUGCCCGGGACAUAAAGACACAGUUCCGAGUCUGUCGCUUCAUAAUGGAGACAGGAGUGAAGCUGGGAAUGCGCUCUGUACCCGUGGCCACAGCGUGUGUGUUGUACCACCGUUUCUUUGAGCGUGUCAACAUGCGAGCGUAUGAACCCUACUUGGUGGCCAUGAGCUGUGUGUACCUGGCUGGAAAGGUGGAGGAGCAGCACGUCAGGACCCGGGACAUCAUCAACGUAAGCCACAGGUAUUUCAACAGUAGCAGUGCUCCUCUAGAAUGUGACAAGGAGUUCUGGGACCUGAGGGACAGUGUUGUGCAGUGUGAGCUCCUCAUCCUCCGACAGCUCAACUUCCACGUCUCCUUUGAGCACCCUCACAAGUAUUUACUCCACUACCUUUUGUCUGUGAAGUCGCUGGUGAACCGCCACGCUUGGUCUCGAACCCCUGUCGCUGAGACUUCCUGGGCUUUGCUUAGAGACUGUUACCACGGAGUCAUGUGCAUCCGCCACAUACCCCAACAUAUUGCCAUAGCAACGCUGUACCUGGCUCUAAACAGCUACGGAGUGGAGAUGCCUGUUGGAGAGAGAGAGUGGUGGCAGGUGCUGUGCGAGGAUGUGACCAAAGCAGACAUCGAAGCUGUGAUUUCAGACCUUCUUCAGCUCUACGACAUGGAGGCCAAGUGUAUCUGAAGGACAUGCUACACAUGGAAGACACAUGAGAGUUGUUUUUUUGCUGCUUGUGUUUGUCUGUGCGGCAUGAACGUGUGCCUGUGUGUGUGCUAUUCUCUGCAUGUAAGUGUCAGGGUUCAGGUGCGUUUGUGCACAUGCGUCUGUGCUUGUUUGGGUGAGAGAGAGGAACACUUUGUAUUGCCCUAGUUAGUCUGUGAGCCGUGACAAAAAACACACCUGCACUACCGCUUCCUGCCACCCUGGGGAGACAUUUCUUGCUUUCUGGUCUCUGAUCUCUCGGGCUGCAGAAUACUGAUGGAAUGUAUCAUCAGCACCAGGAUUCUGAAAAGAAAACACUCUCUCCACACAGAUGUUUUAACUACAAAUACCAAAGUCCGUCACCCAGUUGUUCUAUCAGUUAUACCAGCAAAUCCGUAAAAAUACAUGGGAAUGACGACCUCAGUUAGAUACUUAUUAUUGAAUGGCAUUAUACUAACACAUUUAUGCAUUCGGAAAAUACUAAAAAUAAAUAUGUCGUUGAGGUUAAGUCCUGAUUGUCUCAGAAUCCAGACCACCUUGCUGCAUAAAUCUGCAUGCCACAAAGAAAAUAAGCUUGUCUCAACUAGAUAUUAAUACGUCCUUAAUUUUUAAAGCUGCAGUAGGUAAUUUUUAUAAAAAACCUUUUUAACUCUAUCCUGACAGUAGUACAAAGGUAGAUAAUGAAAAAAUCAGGUUCCAGAUCUGGUUUCUCUGGCUCCUCCAAACUGAAUGAAUGAAUGAAUUUGCAAAAAUCCACUGGGCCCAAAAGAAAACAACCAAUCAGAACCGUGAAAAGUAGAAAGACGCUUUGGCCUGGUGGCUUGAAGAUAGUUGAUUGUUGAGUCUCAUUCCCAGCAUCGAUAUUUGACAGAGCAGAUGAAAAGUACAGGGGGGAUGUAAUCUGCUGUAUGUGUCAGAUUGUUUCAGCUGUUAAUUUGGACUGUGUGUAAAAUAAACUCGACAGACCCUGCCCUGUCCUUUUUCAAAGA